CUGAAACUGCGGAGGGGAACAAAAGUUCCCGCUGAACGAUUUCGCACGAGCAGUUUUCUAUGUAACGCACGUCAUUAUUUGGAGCUGUUUGCUAGCUUUGUGCUCGGGAGGCUUUAAUGGCGGGGGGCGAGGCCACGGGCGUCGACCUCAGCAGGAAGUUUGUCUCCGAGUCGGAGCUCGACGAGAAGAGGAAGAAGCGGCAGGAGGAAUGGGAGAAAGUCAGGAAGCCCGAGGAUCCCGAGGAGGCCCCGGAGGAGGAGUACGACCCACGCUCGCUGUUCGAGCGGCUGCAGGAGCAGAAAGACAAGAAACAGCAGGAAUUUGAGGAGCAGUUUAAAUUCAGGAACAUGGUGAGGGGGUUGGACGAGGAUGAGAGCAGUUUCCUGGACGAGGUCUCCCGGCAACAGAGUCUGGUGGAGAAGCAGCGGAGGGACGAGGAGAAGAAGGAGCUGCUGGAGUACAGAAUAUCCUUCAUCCUGUGUCCAGGACUUCCUGAGCAGGAGGGUGCAGCAGCAGCAGCGGGCGGGGCUGAGGCGGCCGAGGACCAGCGGGCGCCGGCGGCGGGCCCCCGGGGCGGCGCCCAGGGCGUGGUGCACCUGCCGUCGGCGGCCGUGUGCGUGGGCGUGCUCCCAGGCCUGUGCGUGUACUCCGGCAGCAGCGACUCGGACAGCAGCUCGGACAGCGAAGGUAGCGUGGACGCCAGCAUGUGGCCGCGGCCCGGCCGCGCCUACAGAUAA